GAUUUUGUCCGACUCGCUGGGGCGUAACAUUUGCAAUUUCCGAUAUAUAUAUUCCGAUAACAAACCCGACUUCCGGGAUCCGAGUUCCGAGGUAAACUGGAACGUAGCAUACGCGUCCUCCUCGUCGUCAACACGUACUGUUCUCAUUGGUUCAGAGGUCUUUAACUGUCAGCGGGGGCGGGACAGCCCGGGAGUUCUGUCUCGUGAUUGGCUGCGGCUGUGCCGACCGGGAACAUUUUGAAAGUUAUUGGCACAGGGUGUGUGUGCCCGUCGGUUUGUUUUUAGUCUGUCCGUGUGCAGCUCGUUCUCGGGCCUUAGUCACGAAAUAGAAAUAAGAUAUUAAAGCAGUUUAAGUUCUUCAUGGAGCAGCAGCCACGGGAGAGCGGGGAGCAGGAGCCCGUCACGACGCCGUCGACGGCGGAUCUGUCGUCGUUCGUCAACGUCGACCUCGACGACGUGGAGAACAACAACAACGUCGUUCCUGCAGAGAGACACGUCACUCAAGCUCUGUUUCAGAACGAUGAGGACGACGGCGUCGAGAGCGAGGAGGAGGAGGACGACGACGACAGUGGCACCGACAACUUCAGCCUGGAGAAGUCCGGCACUCGGCUGCAGAGGCGCGAGUGUGGCGGAGGAGAGACGCCCCCGGUCCCCGACACCUUCGAGACCAGACACCUGCUGUUCUACGAGAGGUUCAAAGCCUAUCAAGACUACAUGCUCGGAGACUGUAAGCCCUCGGAGGUGCAGGCCUUCACGGCCGACUACCUGGAGAAGGUGGUGGAGCCCUGUGAUUGGCUGGCUCUGUGGUCCACUGAGGUCUUCGACGUUCUGCUGGAGGUGCGCGACAUGGACCUGAAGGAGCUGAAGGCGUGCGUGAGCUUGGUGCUGCCUCUGCAGUGCGACGCCAGGGGCUGCGAACUCACCGAGGAGUCAGCGGAGACUCUGCUCGAGGCCACGCAGCACAAAGUCCCGCUGCAGGAGCUGCAGGUCGUCUACGAAGAGUCAGGGGACUUUGAUCAGACUGCCCUCGCCCUGGAGCACCUGAGGUUUUUCUAUAAGCACAUCUGGAGGCAGUGGGAUGAGGAAGACGAAGAUGACGACUUUGACUACUUUGUUCGCUGUGUGGAGCCUCGUCUCAGGCUGUACUACGACAUCUUGGAGGACCGCGUCCCAGUCGGCCUAGUGGCAGAAUACAAAUCCUUACUGGAGAAAUGCUCCCAGUGCUUCCACCAGUUCUCCGUGCUGCGCAGCGACCUGAGCCCCGACUCCGACUCCGAGCUGGACAACGUGUCGAUGGUGGAGGGCCUGAAGCUCUACGACCAGCUGGAGACGUUCAAACGAAAACUCCACAUCAUUGAGAACCCCCUGUUGAGGUAUGUGCUGGGCUACAAAGGCAACGCCAGGCAGCAAUGUGCACAGAGUCGCGGACCCAGAGUGUCGGGUGUGAAGGUCGUCCACGUCGUCACGGCCUCCUGCAGUAGCGUCCAGCUCCAGUCCCUCCUCAGCGCCAGACUGCUGCCUCUGUGCUCCUGUGGGGAUGCCGAGAUCCAGUUCCACAGAGAGCCGGUGUCAGCCGUGGAAUCGUGCCACCAGGGUGACGUGGUCAUCGUCCUCCCGGGGAUCUACAGUGUCGAGAGCUCCAUCUUCAUACCAGACUCCAUCACUGUCGAAGGAUUUGGUUAUCCUGAUGACGUGGUGAUUGAGAAGAAGAACAAGGGAGACACGUUUGUUGAGUCCACUGGAGCUGAUGUCCGACUGUCCAACAUCAAGUUCAUCCAACACGAUGCCAUCGAGGGCAUUCUCUGUGUCCGUCAGGGUUCUCUGAACAUGGAGAACUGUGUGCUGCAGUGUGAGACCACCGGAGUUAUUGUCCGAACGUCGGCCCAGCUGAACAUGAACAUGUGUGACCUGUAUGGAUCCAAGGGGGCUGGUGUGGAGAUUUACCCCGGCAGCGUUUGCAGUCUGAUUAGCAACGGCAUCCACCACUGUAAGGACGGGAUCCUCAUCAAGGAUUUUGCUGACGAGCUGGACGUGAUGCCAACUGUCACCUUGGAAAACAACGUGAUCCACAACAAUGAGGGCUACGGGGUGAUUGUGGUGAAGCCAAACGCACACGACCAUCACUGGGGUCCUCGGCCCCAGGGGGAAGACCUCGCGAAAGACUCAGCCGGAGAGGCCGCUGAAGACGGACAGGUAGGAGGAGCUUCAGACCCCCUCCUCGCCCUCACAUCGUCCUCCAACAGCUCAACAGCCAAGUCAACAGAGAGCGGCGGCGCAGACGGCGACGCAACUGCGUCAGCCUCCGGCCGGAGGUGGCAGUUCAAUCGCCAGUCGAGCAGAAACAAGGAGACCUGCAGCCGAGCCGUCCAAGACCUGACCGACCACCAGAUCUUCCUCUCAGUUCAAGGAAACCAGUUCCGACGCAACGGUAUGGGCGACUUUGGAACCUUCUUCUACUGACGGACAUCUUUUUUUCUUUUUUUUUUUUUUAUAAUUUUGUUUUUAUUGGUUUUCAUUUAGAAUAACAGUCACAUCACAGAAGUAUGUAUAUAAUCGAGUACAGUAACACAGCCUUUAUGUAGAGAAAACACACUCGCAGUAAAAAACAAAAAGGGGGGGUAAUAAAAUAAUUAAAAAACAAA